ACCGCCAAUCACACGCCAGCUCCACCAGCAGCAUCCCACAUUCUGGCCGCCGCGCGCAUGUGCGCGAGAAGCCCAGCAGUGCUCGCGAGCAGCUUGAUACAGUCACACCGCGCCGUCCUCGGUCUACGCAGCACCCGCGCAUUCUCACUCACGGCCCCCUCCCCUCGCGCACACUCGGCCCGCUCUGCCAUGGCGCCCACCCCCUCCACCCGCGCAAUCGUCAUAUCCGGGCCCUCGGGCGCCGGCAAGUCGACCAUCCUCAAGCGUCUCUUCGACGAGUACCCUGACCGCUUCGGCUUCAGCGUGUCGCACACGACGCGCAGCCCGCGCGGCGCCGAGCAGGACGGCGUCGAGUACCACUUUGUGACCCAGGAGCAGUUCGGCGACCUGGUCGAGCGCAAGGGCUUCGUCGAGCACGCCACGUUUGGGAGCAACCGCUACGGCACCAGCAUCGCCGCGAUCGAGGCGAUUGAGAAGGAGGGGCGCACGUGCAUCCUGGACAUUGAGAUGGAGGGCGUCAAGCAGGUCGCAGACCACCCCACCUUCCCGCGCCCGCGGUUCCUGUUCCUCUCGCCGCCCAGCAUGGACGUGCUCGAGAAGCGGCUGAGGGGCCGCGCCACCGACAAGGAGGCCGACAUCCUCAAGAGGCUCAACCAGGCCAAGGUCGAGAUGGACUUUGCGAAGAGCCCGGACGCGCCCCACGACAAGAUCGUCGUCAAUGACGACCUGGAGAAGGCCUACCAGGAGGCCAAGGCCUUUAUUGUUGGCGACGACGCGUAGACAGAGCCACGGUGAUGCCACAGAACAAUAGAAGCAAGUGCAGAUGCAAUCCAAGCCACAAAACAACAGCAGCAAGUGCAGAUGCAAUCAAAGCCACAAAACAACAGCAGCAAGUGCAGAUGCAACCAAAGCCACAAUACAACAGCAGCAAGUGCAGAUGCAAUCAAAGCCACAAAACAACAGCAGCAAGUGCAGAUGCAAUCAAAGCCACAAGACAACAGCAGCAAGUGCAGAUGCAAUCGUAUCACAGGGUGUAUCAGGACACAGUAGUGCAUUCAUCUUAUUCGUACAAAGUAUUAUAACUAGCUACGCCAAAGGGUGUAUCAGAAUAUAGUUGAAAUACUCAGCAUCGGCGUCCUACCACUUUGGGAUUCAGACAAC